UGCACAAUUAGCAUCAGGGGAGUUUCUAAACUCUCCGCUCCUUCCACAGACAAUGACAACCAGGGAGAGUUUAUAGCCCAGUCGGCGAGUUGCCAUUAACUUUGCCACUUUUAUAUAACGUCAAAGACAUCGACAUAACAUAUUGUCUUGUUGGGAGUAGUUGGAGAAGCCUAGAUAUCACUCUUUAAUUAGAGUUUUUACGCGAUAUGGAAUCAUCCCUGGAGUUCUCAAACUCUUUCACCAGUGUGUCUUCGCCCUCCGCGCGGUGUCGGAUCUUCAAGAUCAUCGUGAUCGGAGACUCCGGUGUCGGUAAAACUUGUCUCACCUACCGGUUCUGUGCCGGUGAGUUCCUCGACCGAACCGAAGCCACCAUCGGUGUCGAUUUCCGUGAGAGAUUGGUCGAGGUCGAAGGCGAGAAAAUCAAGCUCCAGCUAUGGGACACGGCGGGCCAGGAGCGUUUCAGGAAGUCUAUGGUCCAGCAGUACUAUCGGAACGUUAAUGCUGUUCUCUUCAUUUAUGACGUCUCCAGACCAGACAGCUUCAGAGGCCUGCCAGCCUGGAUAGAGGAGUGUAGACGGUACUCACUGGGACAGGAGAUAACCAGGUUCCUCGUGGGCAACAAGAGCGACCUCCGUGACACCUGCAGCUGUGACCCCUGCCCCAUCGAGGUCGAAGGUCAGGUGACACGGGAUCAGGCCCAGAAGUUUGCCGCGGCCCACGGGAUGAUUCUGUUUGAAACGUCUGCUAAAAGCCUCCCAGGAGGAGGAGAACCAGGAGAACCAGGAGAACCAGGAGGGGGGCAUCAGCACAGCGUGGAGGAUGUGUUCAUGGCCCUGGCCUCCAGGCUGAAGAGACAGACCAGACCCCCUCCCCCGGUUCUCAACAACACAGGAGUGUCUGGGUCGUAUUGUGGCUCCUAUACAGGGACAGCUUCAUUCAGACUGCCAGCCAAGAAGAACCCUCAUAAAGACUUCUGGACAUGCACCUGUUGAGAGGGAGGGUGAGAAGAGGGAUGGAACAUGGGAUGGAAGGAGGGGGGGUGGGAACAGGGGAAUUUAGGGUGCCCACCAAGAACUCAGAGAGAGACUUCUGGACAUAUACCUGUUGAGAGGGAGAGAGAAAGAAAGAAGAAGGAGAGAGGGGGAAGUCCUCUCUGAUCAAGGCUACUGAGGGGAGGACAGCUCAUAAUAAUGGCUGGAAUGGAAUGAAACACGUGUUUGAUACUAUUCAAUUUACUCUGUUCUGGCCAUUAUUAUGAGCUGUCCUCCCCUCAGCAGCCUCCACUGAUCUAUAGCCUGCUCUCAGAGCUGUUCCUUCUAUAGCCUGCUCUCAGAGCUGUUCCUUCUAUAGCCUGCUCUCAGAUCUGUUGUCUCCUUCUAUAGCCUGCUCUCAGAUCUGUUCCUUCUAUAGCCUGCUCUCAGAUCUGUUGUCUCCUUCUAUAGCCUGCUCUCAGAUCUGUUGUCUCCUUCUAUAGCCUGCUCCCAGAGCUGUUGUCUCCUUCUAUAGCCUGCUCUCAGAUCUGUUGUCUCCUUCUAUAGCCUGCUCCCAGAGCUGUUCCUUCUAUAG